CGCGCUCAGUCUCUUUCGCUGUCUGGCCACGCUCGGUAACGAAGUUAGGCGUUUUCCGGCUUUUCCGGGCUUUGAUCGGGCCUCCCCCCACCCCUUCGGCCAGGGGGUUUCAUGGGGCUGGAAGGCAGGUGUUUUACUAUCAGCACAUUUCUUGCGUAAAAUAGAAAGGGCGACGGGUUCUGCGUAUUUUCUUCUGCACUCUUUUUUCAACUCUCGUUUGCUGUGUGAAACGAUUUUUCCUGCUUUGUAGAGGACACUGUGUGUAGUGUGUAGUGCUGGAGGACCGAAUCAAUUGGUGGGGAGUAGAAAGAGCAAGAUAAGUGAAUCGAUUGUGAAUCGUUUGUUGUGUUUGCUUUGGGGGAGUGUUCGAAGCGCGUUCUUGAGUUUCCAACAAAGGAGCAAAUCCGUUCCGUUCCUAGACAGCUCCUGGUUCAUCGGAUGUUCUCACACUGCAAUCGCGUUGUUGUGACACCGUGAGAACGACCUUAAAGCUUCGUAAAAACACGGGAAAAUCGGAAUCCACCAUAGUGUAAUGUGCAACUUUAUCGCAACCAUGGCAACGCAAAGGGUUUGACGACGGCUUGUCUACACUCCUGGCCUGGUGGCGGUGGGUAAAAGAGGAGAAGCAAGAACAAAGAAAAGCCCAACAAACUGUCACAACCGACCUGGCCAGCCAGGAAUGAAAAGUGAACCGACACAGCACAACAGAUGGUUACCGUGACACCGCCGAGGAGUAGUUCGUGUGUGUUAUCUUCAAGCCGUGUCGUGUAUAGUUUGUGGCAGUGUGUUUAUCACUUUGUGUGGGCAGCCCCCCUAAUUUAGAGGUCUCUGUCAGCCGCAACAAAAAAAGCCUCCCAUGUCAGCUGAUGGCCCACACACACACAUUGUUUACCCACGGUGGCGCGUCUGGUGUGUUUAGCUUUGCGCACACGGCAGAGACGGGUCGCGUGAUUGCGCGUAUUUUGCGCGAUGUCAAAAAUAAAGGGAGCGUCCUGCUGCCUGCCACAAACAGUUGAGGCAAAUCCUCCACAAACACCCAAAACCCCAGUCAGGACGUUUUAACGAGAGAAUGAGAGAGUGAAACAAACCAACCACAAGGGAGAGAGAGAGACGACGACGUUUGGGAGAGUGCAAGACAUUAAAAAGCUCCUGUUGCGGUGAGGGUCAUAAAUUCCGGUACGAGCGCGCGCGCUCUCUCUCCUGCUCGUCCGCUUCGACGAUCGCCGGUCCCGGUGGAAAAAGGGCGAAAUCCUGCACGCACUCCGCUGGUUCGUGCCGUCGCAAACGGACGACUCACCUUGCCAGUUACAUAAUAACGCACAGCACCGGGUGGGGACCGGGGUCGGUCGGUCCAUGGUCUGCGCGCCCCAAUGCACGUCGCUGCUGGGCCGAAAUCGUCACGUUUGUUCGCUUAAUGGCAGGCUUGUAAGGGAUUGAAGGGGGGAACGGGAGGAGACGCGUUGUGAAAAGCCUGUCAACAAAUUAAGGGGCAAAAAAGGGUGUUUUUUCCACAUCAAAUCAGAAGUGAAUGGAUUUUGUGGAAAUAAAGUAGUGACCCUUUCGCAAAAGAAACGUGUGCAAUGUGUACGCAAACAUCGCUCCCCGCUUGAAAAGUGACAAACCGACAAAGUGGUAAAAAAGUGAUAAAAAUUAUAUUAAAAAUUAUAAAAAAAAAUUCAAAACAAAGCGACGCAAUAGAGAUCGUCUUUCGGUGGGUCAAUUCCGAUGGCCAGGAUGGAAGUUUCAAUCAAUAUACUACAACAAAGCACCACGACCGCGGCGAGAGCGAGAAAAUGAAAGAAGCAAACGAGAUUAAAUCACGGAGAAUCGACAAAACACACCGAGCUGGAAGUAACACACCCAUUGAACCAUGAUUCCGGGCGUCACCGAAGCGGGACACGCCGUUCAGAGAAGUCGAACACAUACACACAAAAAAAACUAGAGUGUAAGUAAGUAAUUAACGAACCGGGAGGACCUUUUCGGCUGGUGGAAAGAGAGUGCGGCGCAAAAAUGAAAUAAAAGCUUGUUACAACAAAGAAAAUAGAAAAGAGAGAAAGAACACACAAAAACCAAUUGAAAACAAUAGCCAUCCAUCGGCUUCUCUGCAAGCUUGAUGUUUUGCAGACGACCGAUUUGGCAAAAUCCGUUGUGUGGAUGGAUUUGGAUGAAAAGCGACCUGGCAGGAGCAAGCGAGAAGCGUACUGUUGGUGAUGGUUCCAUUGUGUCGGCUUGAUGGUAGUGCUUUUACCGAAAUGCCACGGACCGAAAUGGAAAGACGGUUAUGGAAAUGAAUCACCCUAGGCUUGUGUGCCAUGUUUAUCCACCAUAGCGAGCAGACAGAGCCUCCGACGGGCAAACAGCAAACAGUGCAAUAAUCAAAAUAUGUCACAACUUAACUUCAACGCCACAGACACAAACACACAGCCCUGCUGCUGCUUUCAAUCAAGAAAUCGGUGUGCGCUUGUGUGGUGAAGGUGCUGUAGGAAAGCCACUACACUUCCCCCACCGGCUGAGACGCUCUAUUGGGGAGGCAGGGUGUCAAUUUAAUAAAGUUUGUGAUAUUGGUUUGUGCCGAUCCGUAUUCCGUGUACCGCUGGUAACGUUAAUCAAAAGCAGCCUUGUUGUAGGGUUUGUGUCAGUGUGUGUGUGUGUGUCAGUGUGUGGUCGCGAAUCAAAAGGUGUACUCAGGUGGCCCAUGUACGACGUACGAUGAGCGUGGCGGCCUGUGGCGCUAGUAGCAGUGCUUCCGGCGGGGCAACAAGCGACGAGCCCGCCAACGAGAACGAUGCGACCGAGUCGAAGCUGCGAAAUACGAUCGGCGGCUCAACUGCGAAGAAGCUGGUCGGUUAGGGUUAGUCGUGUGCAGUGUGUCUUCGUCGAUCGACAUCGCCGGUCGGAGAGACCACCAUUCCGAGCUGGCUGAAGGCAGAGUGAUGUGAUGGGCUGUUUGUUGAAAUUGUUUGUUGCUUGUUGCUUGUUUGUUGACAACUCAAAGUGUUCAUACUGAGGUGGAUAAGUUGAGGGGAGAGGUGGUGGGAACUUUUAAACCCAAAUUGUGAGGGAGAGUGUGUGAGUGUGUGAGAGGAAGAACUAACUGCUGCUUAUUAUCAAAAACGAUACAGGAAACGACCAGAUAGACCGGCACGAUGGGAAAUGGCAUGAACAAGGUCAUGCCCGGGCUGUACAUUGGGAACUAUAGGGACUCGAAAGACUACCAGCAGCUGGAUCGAUACGGCAUCACGCACAUCGUCUCCAUCCACGACAGUCCGCGACGUUUUCAUCCAGACAAACACUACCUGUGUGUGAUUGCUGCGGACAAGCCGGACCAAAACCUGUCCCAGUACUUUUCGGUGUGCAAUGAUUUCAUCCACUCCGCCCGGCUAAAGCAGGGCAACGUGCUGAUCCACUGUUUGGCCGGCAUGUCCCGCUCGGUCACGGUGGCAGUCGCCUACAUCAUGUGCGUCACGCCGCUCAGCUGGAAGGAAGCGCUCAAGGUAGUACGUGCCGGUCGCUCGAUUGCGAAUCCGAAUCUGGGUUUCCAGAAUCAGCUACAAGACUUCGAGACCAAUAAAUUGAUAGAGGAGCGGAGACGGCUAAAGGAGCGCUUCCCAAGCUUGGCGCUCGAGUUGACGGACAAGGAGCAGUGCUACCUGGCGCUGGACUACUACGAGGAGCUGCUGGAAAGCAAGGGCGUUUGCGAGGGUCACUGCAAGUUUGGCAAGGACUGUCCAACGGGAAUCUGCCGGACGGACUCCCGCGGUGGUAUAAGACCUUCCCGUAAGCCGAGUCUUUCGUCGAAAAAGCAAUACAACACUUCGCUCUCAACGUCGCCCUCGACCUCGUCCCAGCUGUCGGUGCGCAGUGCGGGCAAUCCGGCCAGCGGUGGUGGUGGUGGAGCCCAGUCCUGCCCGACGUCGCCCCGCUGCUCGAAAGCGCUGAGUCAGCGGCAGGGUGGCGGUGGAGCUGCCACCCGGCAUCCGGACAACCCGCGGGCAGCCGGUGAGUAUGCGGCCGAAAUCGAUCUGGGAGAAAUUUCGGAACUGCGGCGAAGCAGCAGCAUCGUCAGUACCUUUCGUCCUCGGAGUAGCCCGGCCGGGCUGUACUCUUAUACGGGUUCAGCGCCACCCUCCGUGCACGGGUCGCGGGUUGACUUGAGCGUUAGCGGCGGUACCGGGUCGGCCAUCUAUCUUGGUGCUAGUGGUAGUGGCUCCAGCGGAGCAACGGGCGCGUCUGGAGCAACCAGUGGAUCUGCCGGCAACUCACCCGGACCGGGACGACGUCUCAGUAUGCGCUCCACGCCCAAAUCUACGCCCCGCUCCACGCCAGAGUCCUCGCCGAAGGCAUCCCCGAAGAAGAGUGCCUCUUCAAGGUCCCUCGCAAGCUCCACAACCACCGCAUCGCCCAAGAAAAGCGUUUCCGGCAGUGGACGUACAGCGACGGUGACACCGGUCACCACGUCGACACCUCCGAGCAGUAACUCGGGCCCCCCGAGAAAAGAGCCUGCCGACAAGCCGACGGGCAAACUAACCUCAAAAACCACCGUCCCGGGAAGUGGCGCUAAUGCGAGUGCCGCUACCACCACCACCACUACCAGCAGCAGCAGCAGUGUACCGAGCAGGGCGUGUACAGCCACGCGUACUCCUUCAAUUGUGAUAGACAUAACCACAACUACGGCUACAAUUACGACGGGCGUGACGUCCUCCGGCAAGGAUGCCGCUUACGGCCGAUCGGACGAAAAGCGGGACACCACGUCCAAGGACAAGACUAAACCCGGUGCAAGCACCACCAACACAUCCAGCAAAGCAGUGAUUGCGAACAAUAAUGCCAACAGUAGAGCGAUGAAGAAGGAAUAGCUCAUUGCCCAAUCGUUGGCAUUGCUGGGCUGGAGUGAAAGGUUAUUAUUAUAAAAUGAACUCCACCAUUGUUGAGAGGUGGAUUGGCAGGUGUCCGAUGUGAGACACAAACUAACACACAAACAGGGGGCACCAACGCUCCGUUGUCCUUCACAGUCCCAUCCCCGUGUAAAACCCAUCCGUCGCGCAUUGUUGGAUUUCAUUAGAGAGGAACUUGAUAAUAAUAUAAUGCCCUCCGGUUAGGCGAGCAAGAGGAGAGGAGCGUGUGAGAGAGAGAGAGAGAGAGAGAGUGCUCAAAGCUGAUUGAAAGUUGAGGUUAAAAGGAUAUGCACAAACACACAUACAUAAACACAUUACUAGAAACAAUCAAAAAUCCCGAUUCGCGUAGUCCGAUUUCGACGCUAAAAGUCCGUUAAGCAGUAAGGUUUGACACAGUUAUCGUCCUCUUCGUCGUGCUUGUGCGCUAAAUGCCGAUCAAAAAAGGGUGCAACAUUCGUGACACAUGCUUUCGAUGUCAAUUUUUUUUAGGAUUUCGGUUUCGUGAACAGAUUUCGGCUCGAGGGCUCGAGGCUCAAGAACCAGCGCAUUGUGAAGGGUUAGUUUUGUGUAUCACAAAGUGUGAGGCGUUGAACCGACGAAGGGAAAGAACGUUGUUACUAAUGUUGUUCGCUAGAGGCUUGGGUGUGCGGUCAGUGCAGAAUUAAGCAAAGUUAUCAUGCUUGCUUGUUGGGGUUUGUUGAAGCAAGUAUUAAGAGUAAGGCACGGUUUUUUGCGGCUUAAGGUUUGGAGUUGGAGCUGGUGGGCAAUUAUCGAGCGAGAGACCAACAAAAAAAAAGAAGAGUAUUAGAAA